UUCGUACUGGUUGCACACGGAAGUAUUAAUCACGUGACACGUUUCCAGCGUAAAUAUUUUCCCCUCACAGCGAAUGAUCGCCAACCUCGCUUCUUUAAUUGCAUUGAUGAGUAUCGACUUAACUUACCUCUAGUUUAAACUGCGUAUAUUUUGUCUAGUAUCCCGUUUAGUGGAAUAUUUAGACUAAGCAGGACAAUAUGAACGUGGAUCUUCAGCAAACCGGACAGACUGGAGCAGCAGCCGCAUCCAGCACAUCCACAUCCAGCAGCAGCAACUGCGUCCCGAACAGCACCUCCACAAACGCCAGCAGCAUCCCUGCAGUCGGCAGCAGUAAUGUUCCCACUUCGGCAGCAAUGGCAACCCCAUCAUCCGACUCCACCGUGUCAAACGGGGUGUAUGUGCCCACAGGCAUCGCUAAUGGAGACGUGAAGCCCGUUAUUUCAACCACACCGCUGGCUGAUUUCCUGAUGCAGCUGGAGGACUACACUCCUACAAUCCCAGACGCAGUCACCGGUUACUACCUCAACCGAGCUGGUUUUGAAGCAUCAGAUCCAAGAAUAAUUCGUCUCAUAUCAUUGGCGUCUCAGAAGUUCAUCUCAGAUAUUGCAAAUGACGCACUACAGCACUGCAAAAUGAAGGGCACGGCCUCUGGAAGCUCCCGAAACAAGACCAAGGACAAGAAGUACACGCUGACAAUGGAAGAUCUGACACCGGCCAUGGCAGAAUAUGGCAUUAAUGUAAAGAAACCUCAUUACUUCAUUUGAAGGGAAGUGCAUCAUUCAAAUGGACUGCUGGAAAUGUGCUGUUUGUCCCAUCAGAGCUUUGAAGACAUUAUCCUUCAGCGUGGGAACCAUCAGCCCGCAGCUUUUUUGUAUUUUCUUUAAGCGUGUUUGAUUAAGUUGUUUGAUUACACCACACACAUGUGACUUUAGAUGAUGUUAGUAAAAAGCCUGUAUAAAUAAAUACAUUGUAAUUAA